AUGUUCUUGUCUGCCAUCCUCGUGAGCUUCUUUACUCUCAUGGCUCAUGCCAUCCCACUGUCCCCGCAAAAAACUGCCGACGUUGCGUGCACCGAGCCCGGCGAUUGCUACAGAAUCCAGAGCCUGAACGUCAGCCUGCCCAGCGGCAGCGAGGAGCAGGUCCAAUUGACCUUCACGCUCUGGGAUGACGCCCAGAGCGCCAACAACAGGACCGUGUGCAGCACCUCGUGGGAGGCUGGCACAGAUGGUUGGCCCCAAAACUAUGUCAAGUGCGACGACGACAUGUUCCAGUGGAAAUUCUCGAAGUUCGACAGCGUCACCGACUGGGGUAUGGAGGCCGCACACGACUUUAGGUUCGGAAGCUUCGGCGCACGCUCCUUCGCCAACGGCACCGCCGCCGGCGCCGACUUCGAGUGCGAGACGACAGCCUCGGGAGCGCGACGCUGCAGCCUGAAGGAGAACCAUGUUAUCAACCUCGCCUACUACGCCAUGAUUAUCUAG